AUGAGUGUCAAAUUUUACGGUGGUUUCCCACCUGGUGUAGUCAAUAUCAUUUGUGGAUUUGGUGAAAUCACUGGUGAAGCAUUGACUCAUCAUCCGGAUGUGAGAGCGAUCUCAUUCACUGGUAGUACUGAAGUCGGUCAGUUAAUCAUGAAGGCAGCAGCCACAAAUAUCAAACACGUGACGUUGGAACUUGGUGGCAAGUCACCGUUGAUUAUAUUUGCUGAUGCAGAUAUUGAGAAGGCUGCAGAAGUGGCGCAUGAGGCUACAAUGGUGAAUCAUGGACAGUGUUGUGUAGCUGGUAGUCGUGUAUUUGUGCAGGCUGCUAUUUAUGAAGAGAUGGUUGACAGACUUAAGAAGUUGGCGGAGAAUCGGAAGGUUGGAGAUCCUUUUGUGUCUGAUACGAUACAAGGUCCACAGGUCGAUAAAAUACAAUUCAACAGAGUUAUGUCGUACAUUGAGAAAGGGAAGGUGGAAGGUGCUCGAUUGGUUACGGGAGGAUGUCGAGUUGGUGCAAAGGGUUAUUUUAUUCAACCGACAGUGUUUGCAGAUGUCAAGGAUGAAAUGUGUAUAGCGAGAGAAGAGAUUUUCGGUCCAGUUCAGUGUAUUUUGAAAUUCGAGACAUUGGAAGAAGUGAUUGAACGUGCGAAUGCUACCCACUAUGGAUUGGGUGGUGGUGUUUUCACCAGGGAUAUGGAUAAAGCGAUGAGAGUUGCUCAAUGCGUGGAAGCUGGAAGUUUCUGGUAAGAUGAGUGAUAUUGAUUGAUACGUAAUUGGCGAGUAUGAUAGGGUUGUGGGGUGGUGUUUGGGAGUGGUGACAUGAAUAAGAUAUGUUUCAUGAAAUGUAUUUCAUUGUUAUUAUUAUUAUCUUAGAACAAUCUAAAAUUGCGAUGUUUCAUCAGUUUGUUUGUGGAUGUGAGGAGUAGUUUGUUGUCAUUCAGAGGAUAAUGUGGACAGGAGGCAAGAAUGACCACCAUGCAUCUACCACCUUGAUAAGUACACCUUAAUGGUGAGUGAUUGACAGGAUGCUAUUUUAUUGGACUUGUUUGCUGAUUUCAACUCAUUUGGUUAGAUUUAUUUGCAUACCAUCUAAUUGGUUGACUUAUUAGACAGCUAGUUCCUCAGUUGUUGUGAGCAGCACGACUGCUGUCCUAUCUCUAGUCACUUUAAUCCCGUAAAUGAGAUUUGUGGUGUGAACUCGUGGAUUUUCGGAAUUCACUAGAACACACUGUUAUUUCAAGAUUGUGUUUCUACUCUCCAUUCAGUUGAAACAUAUUUUCAUUUGUUGACCUCAAAAGCCACUCAUAUUGUUGCAUUGCAGUGAUACUUUCAAUCGGUACGCACACCUGAGUUAUUGCAGCAUUUGAAUGAGAUUUUUGUCUCAACAUUGUUCACCACUUCUUCACGUUAUGGUCUACUACUUAGUGAAGUGAGAGACUACUGAGAGUUAGUGAUGUUUGUGGCUUAUAUACUGUUGCAACAUGAGUUGAAAGUGUGUAGUAAGCAGUUAAUUACACUCAGAAUCUCACAUGUGAUAUAAUCAUAUGUUGACCACCCUUUCGUGCUCUAAUGAUGAUGAAUGAUCAUUUGACUGUUUGUUUAACCUCCUGCCUCGAUUGACUGGCUGUAUCGGUUGGUUGGUGCAUGUGAGAAAGUAUAAACUCACGAAAUCAGACAGAUAAAUCAUAUGUGUAUUAUAUGAAGACAAUAAAAUUAAGAUGGUGAAAGUGUUUGUCAUUUUCAAUGUAAACAUUCAGUGGGAGUUAGAAUGUAGACAAUGAUACCUGGAAUCAUUAGGAUGUCUGUUAAUAGGAUGUGAAAAACUUAGUGAAUUAUUUAUCCAUCUAUACAAUGAAAUGAGUUUCGCAAUAACAUACUUUGUGUAAAUCAUAAAGCGAUGAGAAUUAUUCGGUUGUCAGUUGACAUAAUUGGUUGCGUGCUUGUUUAGUGUCGAAUAUUUUCGCUUUCAAUUUGGUUGUAUUCACAUGGUGGUUAGUGUUUGGUUUUCAUUCCUUGUCCAGUCUCAAACUGAACAUUUGAACACUGUUUGGACUGUGAAUUCUUAAUUGGUCAUUGCAAGGCCAUUACAAAUCGAAUGUUCUAUUGUGUUUAAGUGAAUGUUUGUUUGCAACAUAGUGUUUAUUUCAUCUUCACAUGGUUGAUAGUAGUCCUUUGCUCACGACUGUCACUUUGUCUCUACUCAUUGUGUAUGUAGGUGUGUGUGUGUGUGUGUUUGUGUCUGUGUUGGUGCAUGGAUAGUAACGGUAGUGAUAGUGAUAAUGGUUAGGUCUAUGUUGAGGUGGAUUUGUAGUAAUGGUUCAGUUUUUCUCUAGACUGGUUGCAUAUUUUGGUGCUGUGACUGACCUCAGUCGAGUACUUAGACGGAAAUAGAUUAAAUCACAGUCACUGCAUUGUAUAUUACAUAUUAGAGGACUUUGAAAGGAAGAGUGAGUGAAGGUGUUCAACAGUUGUUCAACUGUUGGGAAUCUGUGAGGAAGUCUUCCUUGAAAUCAAUCGUGUAUCCAAGCGUAGCUGGAUUGAGUAAGUGAAUUGAUGCAGCAAUCAUGUGAGUGGGAGAAUUGUGAUGAAUCGACAAGUUUAAACAGUCGACAUUCAAUAGUCAUUGUGUGCUUGAUGGUGGGUGGAUUGAGCUCCAGUGAGUAACUGGAGUAACUGCCUACACACAUCCCAGUCAUAUUGAAGUCAGUGCUCAUGUUGUUUUCCUUUUAUAAUCAGCUGCAUUGAAUUUCUAAAUAGACUUUAAGGGAUAGUUGUUCAACAAUAGCUAUGUUUGUGUAUUUGUCUGAUGAAUUGUUUGACCUCUCAGCCAAGCAGACAUCUGACUCGAUUUGUGGAAACGCCUUCACUGAUGUUAUCGAAGAGAGAUUGACUUAGGCUUUUAAGGUCAGACUGUGUACAGGAAUGUGAUGGGAUGCUGUCGACCAAUGUUUAUCGAUCCUGAGUCAUAUAGUGCAACAAUGUUCCAGUUCUACUCUUACCUUGCAUUUGUCAUUAGUGUUUGAGAAUCGACUUUCAUGAAUGAAAGUUGUUGUUGUCAGUUCUCAGUCAAGCUUAUCUAAGACACCGUUCAAUGAAUGCUUAUCACAUUCUCGCUCCUUUCUACUACCCAUCACUACUCACCAGAGAAAUUAAUUUGUGAAGGUGUGUUUUCAGUACUUAAUAAGCUAACACUCAUAAUCAAUGAGUUAUUCAUACUGUUUCAGUGUUCAUGUCAUAUAGACAUUGGUCUUUAAAAACGGCGUGAUUGACAAAUUGUUCUUCAAUCCCAUGAGUCACUUCAUUUUCUGUCCUUACGUGCAUAUACUUGUGAAUUGUGGCAUCUCAUGUUUCGUCUGUAGUGUUGGCCAACAUUGAUUCCAUAUGUGAGUAGUUAGUGUUGACGAUUUCUGUUUCACAAUGUCUCAGUAUUCUCACAUGACUCAUGAUUCAGGUCUACCAUAUUGUGUUUUGUUUGAAUUGAUGUUGUUGUUUUUGGUUACAGGAUCAAUAGUUAUAAUGUGGUGUAUGCUCAAGCUCCUUUCGGUGGUUUCAAAAUGUCUGGUAUAGGACGUGAAUUGUAAGUUAUUGUGUAGAUGAUUUGCUUGAUAAUUGUUUUAGUGUUCCAACCAACACAUUUUGUAGUUACUUAGUGUUGGAGGGAGAAAGGUGAGAUGAGAUAUCGUGUGUGAAUUCUUGUCUAGGCUUCAGAUAGUUGGAUGGUGAGUGCGGCUGCACUGAAGCGAAGCGAAAUGAAUGUGGCUAAAGAACAUGUGAAUGAAACUGCAAUUCAUAUCACCGAUGACCUACCUAUUCAAGGAAUAAGUAUGCACUGUACCAUGUUUUGGGAGUCAAAGAGUAUUCAUUAGAAGACGGUGAAAGUGGAUUGUUGCAGUCUAAUGUUCAAAAGUUGGAACGUUCCUGAUGCAAUCUAUUCCCUCAAUUUGACUGUUCCGACUGGAUGAGUGAACUUUGUUGAAAAGUUGACGUUUGAGAAAUGUCGGAGAUGUGUGAGUGAUUAAAUUACGAUGUGCAACUGCAAUGGUAGACAUACCUGAAAUUCAUUACUAUCUACUUGAACAUCAUGCCAUGACUCGCCAUAACAGUGUACCGUACAUGAUGAAUUGUGUAUACACUGUACAUCGGAAUGCAGUAGAGAUGAGUGCACUAAGCUGUGGAGCAUGGAUAUUGUGAAGGGGCAUGUGAUAAAUGCUAGUGAAGUGAAGUCGAUUUCGAAGACUACCCUUCAUCUCAUGACUGAAUGCUUAGGAUAGUGAUGUGCAAGUUGAAAAUCUCUUCACCUAAUUAGUUAGACGUGAGAUAUGAACUGUUGUACUGAGAUGUGAUACACAAACAUGUAGUGGAUUGAUUUUCAUGAAGUAAUUCUAUUGCUGCGUAUUCAAGAGAUGCAUGAGUUUACUAGGAGGAGAUGAUUGGCAGAUUGGUUCUCGAUUGUUAUGAUGUUACUCGGAAGCUUAUCAUUCGAAUAACCACAACUGACAACAAUUGAAUUUAAAUUUCUACUUCACUCAAUCUCCUCGUUAUUAUUUUCAGUUGAUAAUACACCUACCAUCUCUUCUAUUGUGUAACCGAUAUCCAAGUGUGUUGUUGUUGUUGUUGCUGUUGCUGUUAAUACUGCUAUAUGUGACAUUGUGUUAAUCUAUGCAUCUUUCUCAUUUCAGUGGGAAGGAAGCGAUCGAUGGUUACCUUCAAACGAAGGUGAUUUCGAUGCCGAUUUCAAUUAAGAACUCUUGAGUAGGAUGACAGACACACACAUGCACCACUGAUGAUCUUGAUGUUUUGUUUUUUCUAACAAUUUGAUAUCACACUACUACAAUUGCUUUGAUACCAUGGAUUAGAGAUUUGUUUGAAGAAAAGUGGAUUUACACUAACA